CACCAGGAAAGUGACAGUCUUACAGCUGCAGUUUACCAGGCUCGACGCGGCGGGCGUUGGCUACCAGGCGACAUACACCAGUGGUCGUUGGUAAACCUCUCUCAAAGAAUAAACGUUUUGUACACAACGAAUGUUUCAGCUAAAUGUCUUGCCACACCUAGAGCUGUAAUCUGUGUCGAGAGGUCACCUGCUAAUCACUACACAAGUCGCAACUGUGUCGGUGUGAACCGACUUGAGCUAAUUACCAAACUGGCCUCUAAAUACCUUGACGAGCUACACGCUGGGACCCUUCAGGACUUGGGCACAAGACGGCCUUGGGAUGUGAACCUGACGCACCUAAGAGAAUUGAACCCCAAGUGGCUCUCCAGAAUAGAGAACCUUCAUCUCCAGAACCUCAUUUUAUAUUUUGUAUCGAGGUUUGCUCUGACUUUAAUAACCUGGUCCGUAACUGUAGUGGGACCCAGGUUCGCCGGAGUGCUGAGUAAGAGGCCCUUGGCCAUACCUAGUGUGUCUAUCGGAGAAGUGGUUCUAGGGCUUUUAGAGCAAGGGCAAAAAAUAUUUUUGACUGAUAUCGUGUUUGGGCUUCAUAGCAGUCUGACUUCUGCUCUUCUGGGUCAGGCGACAUCCAGGCUGUUCGAGAGUCGGAGCAUUCUGCCCCUCGACUCAUUUGUUUCUUGGGUUAAUGAGGUUUUGGUCUCUGUGAUUCUUGGAAGCGACGGUGUGCAUGUCCACCGUCGGUUGAGGGAGGCAGGAUACUUAACCUAGGGAUUUACGAAGAAUUCUCAUGAGACAUGGCUUCAUGGCCAAGGGGCUGUUAAUUUAAGUCACCACAGUGUAUUGGUAGAUAACAUGGUCCUGGAGUACACGAAGAUCCUGGGAAGGAAUACUCGAUCCUGCGUCUACGGCUGGCUACUCUGCAGGUGGCGAGGAAGUAUUUACAAGUUGCUAUGGAGGGAUUUGCUCGCGUACAUAAUCUUGUAUUCGAUUAUCUCCUGCUUGUAUCGCUUCUACCUGAAGGACCCUCACAAAAAGAUGUUUGAGGACCUGGUGAUGCAGAGCGCUCGGUACAAGAACCUGGUGCCCGUGGCCCUCCUGCUGGGGUUCUACGUGUCGCUGGUGGUGGCCAGGUGGUGGGCCAGCGGCCUCGCCAUGCCCGACAAUACCCACACUGCCAUACUACUCGCUACCCACAUUCCUGGCAAUGACUCCAGGGCAUUCGAGAUCCGUUCGAGGGUGAUCCGGUACAUUAACCUCACCUGUACUAUGGUAUUCGCCCACGUGUCCGCUGCUGUGCACAAGAAGUACCCACACCCUGAGAGCCUGGUGACAGAGCAUCUGGCGACGGAGCUAGAGGGCCGGGUCCUGGCGGAGGCUGAGGACCACGGCUGUCGGGAUAGCAAGUGGCUGCCCCUGGCCUGGAGCUGCCAGCUGGUCCACGGCGCUAGGGACGAGGGCUUCCUGCAGGCCGGCCCCGGCAUGGAGGCGCUGGUGGCGGAGAUCCUGAACCUGCAGAGCCAGUGUAGGCACCUCGUAGAGUGGCACGAGUUUAAUGUUCCCUUGAUCUAUACCCAGGUGGUGACGAUAGCAGUGUACACGUACUUCCUCUUCUCACUGGUGAGUGAACAGUACCUGGACGAGAGUCGGCAUUACCCGAACUACGAGGUGGACCUCGUAGUGCCUGUCUUCGCCCUCCUCGAGCUGGUGUGCUGCCUGGGCUGGCUCAAGGUGGCACAGGCACUCCUCAAUCCCUUUGGCUUCGACGAUCAGUCCUUCGACCUGUUGAGAAUCCUCGAAGACACUCGUCAUUCGGGGUUCGUGAUCUGUCACACCCGCUACGGACAGUACUCCGCAGAGGCACAGUGGCGCCCCACGGACAACAGUCGCAUGCACAUUGUGGAUCUUGGCGUUCUUCCCGGGGCUCUGGGCGAGAUCCUCACACCAGAUACAGUGCUUGGCUGCUCUAUGUAGGGCAGGUGAGCCAGAGGGGCUCUCUUCCCAUGGACAUUCGUCUGUAAAUCUUGUAUUUAGUGUUAAUGCUUAGUGAACUUUUGUGUGAUGGCUGUUGAAGUAAACAAUACAACAGAUUAA